CUUCUUUCUUUUUUUUUUUUUUUCUUCAUUGUAUUACUAUUAUUUUUUUUUCUUUCCUCCUGAAAAAAAAGAAAAGAAAAUGAACACAACUUUGGCAUCUAUUCAACCAAGUUGGUUAGAAACACAAUGGGAUGAAUUAUAUAAGGAUAGAAAUCCUUUACUUGUAACAGGUGUUCUUGCUUUUGUUAUGCAUGAGCUUGUUUAUUUCGGUCGUUUCCUUCCUUUCCUUGCUUGUGAUUUUAUUCCUUAUUUCCAAAAAUACAAGAUUCAACCUGAUAAGAUUAAUACAAGUGCUGAUUAUUGGAAAUGUACAAAGCAAGUUCUUUAUCAACACUUUUUAUAUGAAGGUCCACUUAUUUUCCUUUUCCAUCCUAUGGCUAAUUACUUGGGAAUGAAUAUCUCUACUCCUUUCCCUGAAUGGAAAUAUAUUUGGCCCCAAAUUUGUAUUUUCUUUGUGUUUGAAGAUGCUUAUCAUUACGCUGUUCACAGAUUAAUGCAUUGGCCACCACUUUAUAAGAGAAUUCAUAAGGUUCAUCAUGAAUAUGCUGCUCCCUUUGGUAUCGCUGCUGAAUAUGCUCAUCCUUUAGAAACAUCUAUUCUUGGCUUUGGUACUAUCGGUGGUCCUCUUCUUUAUCAUUUGGUUGAAAAGACUUACUUUAAGGCGGGUCGUAACUGGGAACUUCAUUUGUUUACUAUGCUUUUCUGGAUCAUGUGUCGUCUUUUCCAAGCUAUCGAUUGUCACUCUGGUUACGAUUUCCCUUGGUCUCUUCGUCAUUUCAUUCCUUUCUGGGCUGGUGCCGACCAUCACGAUUAUCACCAUAUGGCCUUUGUAGAUAACUUUGCUUCUUCAUUUAGAUGGUGGGAUUAUAUCUUUGGUACUGAUAAGAGAUAUCGUGCUUAUCGUGCUCGUCAAGCUGAAGAAAAGCGUCUUAAAGAAAAGAAGGGAUUGUAAAAGGAAAUAUAUAUAUGUUUAUAUAUAUUAAUUGUAUAUUGCUCUCUCUAUUUUGCAUUCAUUCCCUUUUUUUUAUUUUAAAAGAAAAAAAAAAGAUUCAUGUAUACAUUACUUGCAUUGUUUUAUAAUCCCCCCUUUAUAUAAUUCGUUUUUUUUUCUUUCUUGUCUAGAUUAGUAUGUAAUAAUAUCAAUAAUAAAAAAUAUAUAAAUAUCUAUAAUAAUG